AUGCAUCUCCUUGGUGAUCCUGCAUCCAGGUCGCUGUUCCAACAACCAACCCUCAAGGAAGUGGACUAUCGCGCCUCUUGUGCAUGUCAUCAUGAGCUCGUUUCCUCCGGUUGGGUUUGUUCGGUGUGCUUGUCUGUGCUUUGCCAAUUUAUGCCCAUUUGCAAAGCAUGCGGUAAGUUCCGCUCCCUCAGAGCCAUCUUUAAAGUGAACACUCUGCCACGAAAAACUCAGAAACGAAAGAGGAAGGAAUAG